GUCGAGUUGGAGAAGUUCGAGUCCAGAACAUUUAUUUAAGCUCGCGAUCACUAGCCCGUUUGGGAACCGUACCUGAGCUGCCAGCCCCGCAAGGUGAGGGGCAGCCCCGCUAGGUGCUCUGACGUUGCCGGCGUUGACUCGCCCAUUCGGCUGUCAGCGGUUGUACUUUGGGGGGGCGUGAGCGGUAACAUUGAUACCCGAUAACAAAGGGCAAAACUCGGGCCCCUCCUUCUUCUUUUCUCCGUCAAGGUACCUACAUACAUAGAUACAGCUCACCGCCGUCCACCACCCAUGCUCUGAUUGUUAUUCUUCUGGAAACCCCGCCCGCUCCACCUCUAGACAGACAGACGACGGGAUUGUGCUGUUGGGAAAAGAGUAGUCAAAAUGUCUGGAACGAGUCCCCAGGAGAUUCUGGAUACGCUGUUAUCGUACAUCCCGGACGACGCCAAACGAUAUACUGGUGACGUCGCCGAGUUUGUCAACGGAUCGGUCGACAAGGCUGCGGACAAACUGAGAGAUACCCUCUCGAACUUGCCAGAAUGGGUUCCCGAAUCGUUUCGCCCUCAGGCACCGCCGCCGCCGCCGGUGAUUACUGUGCCUGUUGGGGCCCUUGAGAGGGUGCAGAACUGGGUUUCGAGGCAUAAGAUCUUGACGGGUAUUGUUGUUGUGGCUACGGGGACGGUGGUUUACAAGUCGUAUAAGGCGAGCCUGUCGCUACGGAAGCACCGUAAGGCUAAGAGAGCGAGGAGUGGGGGGAGGUUGGAGGUUGUGGUUAUUGCUGGUUCGCCUGCAUUGCCGCUGACGAGGUCGUUGGCGCUGGAUUUGGAGAGGAAGGGGUUCAUUGUGUUUAUUGUGGCCAACACGCGGGAUGAUGAGCUUUUGAUUCAGGGGAUGGCCAGGCCGGAUAUUCGGUCGUUUGCUUUGGAUAUCAAUGAUCCUACCCGUGUCGGUGCUUCAAUUGAGGAGUUCGCCCGCUACCUCCAAGAACCUCACGCGGCAAUCCCUAAGGGCAAGAAGUCCCACCUUCACCUUAAAUCCGUUAUUCUCAUCCCCUCUCUCAACUAUCAAACUUCACCUAUCGCCACCAUCCCUCCCUCCAGCUUCGCCGACCUUUUCAAGACUCAUCUUCUUCAGCCAAUCGUCACUAUUCAGGCUUUCCUCCCCAUCCUCACUGCCAGGUUGCAUCCUCCUCCUCCACCAACAGAGCUCGCAAGCAGUCUCGCCAAAGACGCCAGCAAGCAAAGAGAAAAGGAAGACCUCUCCCCCAAGGUGUUGGUUUUCACGCCUUCUAUCAUCUCCUCAAUCAACCCUCCCUUCCAUGCCCCUGAAGCAACCAUCUGCUCCGCCCUCUCAGCCUUCACAGAAGUCCUCGCCGCCGAGCUUCGCCCGCUCCAGGUCCCCGUAACUCACAUGCAGCUCGGAACCUUCGACUUCACUGGUUUCACCCCAGCUCAAGGCACUAAGUUCCAGUCUAGCACGGCCGGUCGUGCCAAUCAAGGUCUCAUCACUGCUUCUGGUGUCGAACAAACCCACAACUGGCCCGAUGCCGCCCGAAAGACCUACGCCCGGAACUUUGUCUCUCAGUCAACCUCCCCUAUUGGUACAACUGGAAUCAGGGGUAUGAGAGGAUCCAACCUCAAGAACUUGCACGAUGCUGUGUUUGAUGUCAUUGAUGGCACCAUCACUGCGUCAACAGUGAGAGUUGGUUUGGGAGCGAGUGUCUAUGGCUUUGUUGGGCGGUGGGUGCCGAAGAGCAUGGUUUGUUUCAUCAUGGGCAUCAGGAAGGUUGAUGAGCUGGCUACUUGGCAGGGCAGUGCUCAUGGGAGCCCAAGGGGAGGAAGCCAUGAUGGAGAGGACGAGGACAAGAUGGCGGGGAGCGAGAGCUUUAUUAGUGUGGCGCCUUUGGAAGGUGUCGCGGGGGAGAAUGUGUGGAAGUCUUGAGAAGACUGAGAUUGAGGCAAAACAAGAAAAAAGAAAAAAAAGAAAAGGCAUGGGGGUUGUAUAUGAGGAACACAGGACACACACCAGAGCCAGGAAUAGGCUUAAGCAUGUCGGCGGGAGGUAGGGAUCUCUACUCAUCUUUUAGACUAGGGAUGGGGGACAUGAAUGAUACAGAAAAACAUAUCAACGACAUGGUAUAUACACUUGGGAGAGGCGGGUUUGGGUUUGAUUGGCGGUGGUGGCGAACAGCUUACUCUUACUGUUUUUCAUUCUAUGGUCUUUACCAUCUACAUGACACCAUUCAAGGUCGGAAAUCUCUGUGGGUGCAACGAACCUAGAUAAGCA